AUGAAGUCAUUCAUCUAUAUAGCGCCUCUAUUGUUCUGUGCGCUUACUGCACAUAGUGUAUCGGCUAGACCCAAUUUAUUCAACACUAUUGAAAUCUCUCAUACGGAAGAAAAAAGCAGUCAUUCUUCCACUUCGCAUAAAUCAUCGUCGCACUCGCAUAUUUCAAUUGGUCAUGGCCUUGGCGGAAAUCUCGGGUUAUCAGAAAAUCUUGGAUUGCUAGGACAUCAUGGAUUAGGUGGCAGUUUCGGUAUAUCUGGUUCCGCGGGACAUGGAGCAUCCGGUAAUGCUGAAGCUAAUGAAAAUGCAAACGAUGGCAUUGAAGUUGAAGGGUCAGGAUCAGGAAGUGCUACUCAUGGUAUUUCAGGAAGCCAUGGUCUUGGUGGAAACUUUGGUGUCUCAGGUUCCACAAAUCACGGAACAAAUGUCGGCAUUGGAGGCUCCACUUCAGGCAGUGCUACCACUGGUAUCGAAGGAAAUCAUGAUCUAAGCGGAAACUUCGGCAUAUUAGGCUCUGGUAGUCAUGGUAUUAAUAUUGGAGCUAAUACAGAAAUCAAUGGCGAUGCUGGAGUAGAAGGUAGUUCUCAUCAUGGUGGUUCAAUACUCGGAGGAGUGACAACUGGCAUUUCGGGGGGUCAUGGUCUCGGUGGAAGCUUCGGCAUCACCAGCUCUGGUAGUCAUGAUAUAAAUGCUGGAAGCAAUACUGAAAUCAAUGGCGAUGGUGGAGUAGAAGGUAGUUCUCAUCAUGGUGGUUCAGUGCUAGGAGGGGCGACAACUGGCAUUUCGGGAGGUCAUAGCCUCGGUGGAAGCUUUGGCGUAUCCGGUUCAGGUAGUCAUGGUAUAAAUGCUGGAGGCAAUACUGAAAUCAAUGGUGAUGCUGGACUAGAAGGCAGCUCUCAUCAUGGUGGUUCAAUUCUCGGAGAAGCGAUAACUGGCAUUUCGGGAAGUCACGGUCUCAGUGGAAGCUUUGGCGUAUCCGGUUCAGGUAGUCAUAGUAUAAAUGCUGGAGGCAAUGCUGAAAUCAAUGGUGAUGCUGGAGAAGAAGGCAGCUCCCAUCACGAUGGUUCAAUUCUCGGAGGAGCGACAACUGGCAUUUCGGGAGCUCAUGGCCUCGGUGGAAGCUGUGGCGUAUCCGGUUCAGGUAGUCACGGUAUAAAUGCUGGAGGCAAUAGUGAAAUCAAUGGCAAUGCUGAAAUAGAAGGUAGUACUCAUCAUAGUGGUUCAAUAAUCGGAGGAGCUACAACUGGCAUUUCGGGAGGUCAUGGUCUUGGUGGAAGCUUUGGCAUCACCAGCUCUGGUAGUCAUGGUAUAAAUGCUGGAAGCAAUACUGAAAUCAAUGGCGUUGCUGGGAUAGAAGGCAGCUCUCAUCAUGCUGGUUCAAUACUCGGAGGAGCCACAACUGGUAUUUCGGGAAGUCACGGUCUCGGUGGAAGCUUUGGCGUAUCUGGCUCAGGUAGUCACGGUAUAAAUGCUGGAGGCAAUACUGAAAUCAAUGGCAAUGCUGGAGUAGAAGGCAGUUCUCAUAAUAGUGGUUCAAUACUCGGAGGAGUGACAACUGGCAUUUCGGGAGGUCAUGGUCUUGGUGGAAGCUUCGGCAUCACCAGCUCUGGUAGUCAUGGUAUAAAUGCUGGAAGCAAUACUGAAAUCAAUGGCGUUGCUGGGAUAGAAGGCAGCUCUCAUCAUGCUGGUUCAAUACUCGGAGGAGCCACAACUGGUAUUUCGGGAAGUCACGGUCUCGGUGGAAGCUUUGGCGUAUCUGGCUCAGGUAGUCACGGUAUAAAUGCUGGAGGCAAUACUGAAAUCAAUGGCAAUGCUGGAGUAGAAGGCAGUUCUCAUAAUAGUGGUUCAAUACUCGGAGGAGUGACAACUGGCAUUUCGGGAGGUCAUGGUCUUGGUGGAAGCUUCGGCAUCACCAGCUCUGGUAGUCAUGGUAUAAAUGCUGGAAGCAAUACUGAAAUCAAUGGCGUUGCUGGGAUAGAAGGCAGCUCUCAUCAUGCUGGUUCAAUACUCGGAGGAGCCACAACUGGUAUUUCGGGAAGUCACGGUCUCGGUGGAAGCUUUGGCGUAUCUGGCUCAGGUAGUCACGGUAUAAAUGCUGCAGGCAAUACUGAAAUCAAUGGCAAUGCUGGAGUAGAAGGCAGUUCUCAUAAUAGUGGUUCAAUACUCGGAGGAGUGACAACUGGCAUUUCGGGAGGUCAUGGUCUCGGUGGAAACUUCGGCGUAUCUGUCUCAGGUAAUCACGGUAUAAAUGCUGAAGGCAAUACUGAAAUCAAUGGCGAUGCUGGAGUAGAAGGCAGUUCUAAUCAUGCUGGUUCAUUACUCGGAGGAGCCACAACUGGCAUUUCGGGAAGUCACAGUCUCGGUGGAAGCUUUGGCGUAUCUGGCUCAGGUAGUCACGGUAUAAAUGCUGAAGGCAAUACUGAAAUCAAUGGCGAUGCUGGAGUAGAAGGUAGUUCUCAUCAUGGUGGUUCAAUACUCGGAGGAGUGACAACUGGCAUUUCGGGAGGUCAUGGUCUCGGUGGAAGCUUCGGCAUCACCAGCUCUGGUAGUCAUGGUAUAAAUGCUGGAAGCAAUACUGAAAUCAAUGGCGAUGCUGGAGUAGAAGGUAGUUCUCAUCAUGGUGGUUCAAUACUCGGAGGAGUGACAACUGGCAUUUCGGGAGGUCAUGGUCUUGGUGGAAGCUUCGGCAUCACCAGCUCUGGUAGUCAUGGUAUAAAUGCUGGAAGCAAUACUGAAAUCAAUGGCGUGGCUGGGAUAGAAGGCAGCUCUCAUCAUGCUGGUUCAAUACUCGGAGGAGCCACAACUGGUAUUUCGGGAAGUCACGGUCUCGGUGGAAGCUUUGGCGUAUCUGGCUCAGGUAGUCACGGCAUAAAUGCUGGAGGCAAUACUGAAAUCAAUGGCAAUGCUGGAGUAGAAGGAAGUUCUCAUCAUGGUGGUUCAAUACUCGGAGGAGUGACAACUGGCAUUUCGGGAGGUCAUGGUCUCGGUGGAAGCUUCGGCAUCACCAGCUCUGGUAGUCAUGGUAUAAAUGCUGGAAGCAAUACUGAAAUCAAUGGCGAUGCUGGAGUAGAAGGUAGUUCUCAUCAUGGUGGUUCAAUACUCGGAGGAGUGACAACUGGCAUUUCGGGAGGUCAUGGUCUUGGUGGAAGCUUCGGCAUCACCAGCUCUGGUAGUCAUGGUAUAAAUGCUGAAGGCAAUACUGAAAUCAAUGGCGUUGCUGGGAUAGAAGGCAGCUCUCAUCAUGCUGGUUCAAUACUCGGAGGAGCCACAACUGGUAUUUCGGGAAGUCACGGUCUCGGUGGAAGCUUUGGCGUAUCUGGCUCAGGUAGUCACGGUAUAAAUGCUGGAGGCAAUACUGAAAUCAAUGGCGUUGCUGGGAUAGAAGGCAGCUCUCAUCAUGGUGGUUCAAUACUCGGAGGAGUGACAACUGGCAUUUCGGGAGGUCAUGGUCUUGGUGGAAGCUUCGGCAUAACCAGCUCUGGUAGUCAUGGUAUAAAUGCUGGAAGCAAUACUGAAAUCAAUGGCGUUGCUGGGAUAGAAGGCAGCUCUCAUCAUGCUGGUUCAAUACUCGGAGGAGCCACAACUGGUAUUUCGGGAGGUCAUGGUCUUGGUGGAAGCUUCGGCAUCACCAGCUCUGGUAGUCAUGGUAUAAAUGCUGGAAGCAAUACUGAAAUCAAUGGCGUGGCUGGGAUAGAAGGCAGCUCUCAUCAUGGUGGUUCAAUACUCGGAGGAGUGACAACUGGCAUUUCGGGAGGUCAUGGUCUUGGUGGAAGCUUCGGCAUAACCAGCUCUGGUAGUCAUGGUAUAAAUGCUGGAAGCAAUACUGAAAUCAAUGGCGUUGCUGGGAUAGAAGGCAGCUCUCAUCAUGCUGGUUCAAUACUCGGAGGAGCCACAACUGGUAUUUCGGGAAGUCACGGUCUCGGUGGAAGCUUUGGCGUAUCUGGCUCAGGUAGUCACGGUAUAAAUGUUGGAGGCAAUACUGAAAUCAAUGGCGAUGCUGGAGUAGAAGGUAGUUCUCAUCAUGGUGGUUCAAUACUCGGAGGAGUGACAACUGGCAUUUCGGGAGGUCAUGGUCUUGGUGGAAGCUUCGGCAUCACCAGCUCUGGUAGUCAUGGUAUAAAUGCUGGAAGCAAUACUGAAAUCAAUGGCAUGGCUGGGAUAGAAGGCAGCUCUCAUCAUGCUGGUUCAAUACUCGGAGGAGCCACAACUGGUAUUUCGGGAAGUCACGGUCUCGGUGGAAGCUUUGGCGUAUCUGGCUCAGGUAGUCACGGCAUAAAUGCUGGAGGCAAUACUGAAAUCAAUGGCAAUGCUGGAGUAGAAGGAAGUUCUCAUCAUGGUGGUUCAAUACUCGGAGGAGUGACAACUGGCAUUUCGGGAGGUCAUGGUCUCGGUGGAAGCUUCGGCAUCACCAGCUCUGGUAGUCAUGGUAUAAAUGCUGGAAGCAAUACUGAAAUCAAUGGCGAUGCUGGAGUAGAAGGUAGUUCUCAUCAUGGUGGUUCAAUACUCGGAGGAGUGACAACUGUCAUUUCGGGAGGUCAUGGUCUUGGUGGAAGCUUCGGCAUCACCAGCUCUGGUAGUCAUGGUAUAAAUGCUGGAAGCAAUACUGAAAUCAAUGGCGUUGCUGGGAUAGAAGGCAGCUCUCAUCAUGCUGGUUCAAUACUCGGAGGAGCCACAACUGGUAUUUCGGGAAGUCACGGUCUCGGUGGAAGCUUUGGCGUAUCUGGCUCAGGUAGUCACGGUAUAAAUGCUGGAGGCAAUACUGAAAUCAAUGGCAAUGCUGGAGUAGAAGGCAGUUCUCAUAAUAGUGGUUCAGUACUCGGAGGAGUGACAACUGGCAAUUCGGGAGGUCAUGGUCUUGGUGGAAGCUUCGGCAUCACCAGCUCUGGUAGUCAUGGUAUAAAUGCUGAAGGCAAUACUGAAAUCAAUGGCGUUGCUGGGAUAGAAGGCAGCUCUCAUCAUGCUGGUUCAAUACUCGGAGGAGCCACAACUGGUAUUUCGGGAAGUCACGGUCUCGGUGGAAGCUUUGGCGUAUCUGGCUCAGGUAGUCACGGUAUAAAUGCUGGAGGCAAUACUGAAAUCAAUGGCAAUGCUGGAGUAGAAGGCAGUUCUCAUAAUAGUGGUUCAAUACUCGGAGGAGUGACAACUGGCAUUUCGGAAGGUCAUGGUCUUGGUGGAAGCUUCGGCAUCACCAGCUCUGGUAGUCAUGGUAUAAAUGCUGGAAGCAAUACUGAAAUCAAUGGCGUUGCUGGGAUAGAAGGCAGCUCUCAUCAUGCUGGUUCAAUACUCGGAGGAGCCACAACUGGUAUUUCGGGAAGUCACGGCCUCGGUGGAAGCUUUGGCGUAUCUGGCUCAGGUAGUCACGGUAUAAAUGCUGGAGGCAAUACUGAAAUCAAUGGCAAUGCUGGAGUAGAAGGCAGUUCUCAUAAUAGUGGUUCAAUACUCGGAGGAGUGACAACUGGCAUUUCGGGAGGUCAUGGUCUCGGUGGAAACUUCGGCGUAUCUGUCUCAGGUAAUCACGGUAUAAAUGCUGAAGGCAAUACUGAAAUCAAUGGCGAUGCUGGAGUAGAAGGCAGUUCUAAUCAUGCUGGUUCAUUACUCGGAGGAGCCACAACUGGCAUUUCGGGAAGUCACAGUCUCGGUGGAAGCUUUGGCGUAUCUGGCUCAGGUAGUCACGGUAUAAAUGCUGAAGGCAAUACUGAAAUCAAUGGCGAUGCUGGAGUAGAAGGUAGUUCUCAUCAUGGUGGUUCAAUACUCGGAGGAGUGACAACUGGCAUUUCGGGAGGUCAUGGUCUCGGUGGAAGCUUCGGCAUCACCAGCUCUGGUAGUCAUGGUAUAAAUGCUGGAAGCAAUACUGAAAUCAAUGGCGUUGCUGGGAUAGAAGGCAGCUCUCAUCAUGCCGGUUCAAUACUCGGAGGAGCCACAACUGGCAUCUCGGGAGGUCACAGUCUCGGUGGAAGCCUUGGCGUAUCCGGUUCAGCUGGUCACGAUAUCAGUGGCGGGCUUGAUACUGGAGCAAAUGGAAACGGAGGUAUUCAGAUUGGAGGAUCAACAAUAGGCAGUGCUAUGACGGGCAUUCUUGGAAACCAUGGUCUCGGUGGUAGCAUUGGAAUUUCUGGCUCUGCAGGUCAUGGAAUUCAUGCUGGAUCUAGUACUGGAGGCCACGGUAGUGCAGGUACCGGAGUAGGAGGUAGUCUUGGUGGUUCGACACAUGGUGGAAUUUCAGGAAGCCAUGGUUUGGAGGGAAUUUUCGGCGUUUCUGCUGGUCACGGAAUCAGCGCCGGUGUUGGAGGAUCUUCCCAUCUUGGUGGUUUAACCCAUACUACAGGAGGAGCUACGACCGGAAUUCUGGGAAAUCAUGGCCUUGGUGGUAACUUUGGCGUAUUCGGUUCUAUUGGGCAUGGCUUUAAAUUAGGCCACCAUGCCGGUAUUACUGGAAAAGCAAAUACAGGCAUUGAGAUUGAAGGCUCCGAAACUGUCAGUGCUGGUGGAAGCUUUGGCAUUUCCGGUUCUGCUAGCCACGGUCUAAAUGUUGGUGGCAGUGCUGGAGUUAACGGUAACACAAACGCACAACUUGGAGUUGAGGGCAGUUCUCAUCUUGGUGGCCUUGGUCUAGGUGGAAGCUUUGGAGUAUCGGGAUCUGCGGGUCAUGGUCUUAAUGUAGGCAGUAAUGCUGGAGUUAACGGUAACACAAACGCCCAGCUUGGAGUUGAGGGCAGUUCUCAUCUUGGUGGCCUCGGUAUGGGUGGAAGCUUCGGUGUAUCAGGUUCUGCUGGUCACGGUAUCAGCGGCGGACUUAACGCUGGAGCAAAUGGAAACAGUGGUAUUCAGAUUGGAGGAUCAACAUCGGGUAGUAGUGCUGCCGGCAUCGAAGGGAGUCAUGGUCUUGGCGGAAACAUCGGCGUUUCUGGUUCCGGUAGUCAUGGUAUUAAUGUAGGCGGUAGUUCUCUUCUUGGUAGUUCAAUACACGGAGGAGCAACAACUGGCGUUUCGGGAGGUCAUGGUCUCGGUGGAAGUUUUGGCAUAUCCGGCUCGGCUGGUCACGGUAUCAAUGGAGGACUUAACGCUGGAGUAAAUGGAAACGGAGGUGCUCAGAUUGUCGGUUCAACAACGGGCACUGCAACUGCAGGCAUUCUUGGAAACCAUGGUCUAGGUGGAAGUUUUGGUAUUCAUGUUGGUGCUGGAGGCCUUGGUAACGGAGGCUUUGGUAUAGGAGGUGGAAUUGGCGGCUCAACUCAUGCCACGGGUGGAAUUUUCGGGAACCACGGCGUAGGAGGAAGCUUUGGAAUUUCAGGCAAUGCAGGACAUACUGGAGGCAUAGGUUUAGGAAGUAUAACCCACACUGCCGGUCAAUUUGCUUCUGGUUUCGGCCAUGCCUUUAGCAACGUAGCUUCUGGUAUCAUCGGUGGCCUUAAUCACGCUGCACAUUUUGGAGUAUCGGGAAACGCAGGUCUAUCUGCCGGUGGAAAAUCAAAAUUGGGUGUUGCAACCAAUGGAAACGCUAAUUUAGGAUUCAAUGCUGAUGCUGCAGCAGGCGCUCGAUGCAACUAAAACUUCUAUUUUUCUCAACCUCGUUGAGAAGUAAAUAGGAUGUCUACUCGUACUGUUUUAUUGGAGUGUCAUUUUUUACAAGUUUCGAUCAUGUAGGGAUUUUGGUCUUUUGACACCUAGUGAUAUUCUAAUGUUCAAACUAAUGUUAAAGCAAAUAAAUUUAUCAACCUCAAAUAAUGUGUAUUAUUCAUAUUUCUCUGAAAUAUAAAAACUUUUCAAUUCCAGUAUCAUAAUAAAUCGUUACAAUCGUCAUGUAAAAAAAUCAUAAAAAGUACAUUGUCUGUACUAUAAAAUUAUCUAUACUUC